CGAGAAUUCAACUGCAGACAGCAAAAUGGCGUCCGACCGCUGUUGAAUUUUUAAUUUGAUCGUUGAAAAGAGCGAUAAUUACGCUUAAUUACUUGAUUACCGAGUUGGCGACGGUUUUGUUGACACUUAUAUGACAACAGGUCAGCCUUGUAUGGCUUCUGCGUGUCACUUUCCUGCGUUUUUGACCAGAAAUUCCCCGGCGAGAUUUCGUUCUGGAACGGUUUGAAAGGUUGCUGUCAGAGCAGCUGUAGAGACUACGAUGUCAUCGCCCAGGUGAUGUGAGAAGUGGUUACCAUGGCAACAACAUCCUUCAGCUCCAUCCUCCAGGUGUACCAGGGCUGGGCCAAUAGCGUGCUGUGUGAGGGAGGGUACCUGAUCGAGGACCUGACUGAGCUGCAGAAUGGAGCCCUGUUGUGUUGUCUGGUGGACAUCCUGACUGGCUCCCAUCUCACCCCAACCACCCAGAUCAGCAGCCCGACAGCCAGCCUGGAGAAUGUGGAAAAAGUGCUGAGUCAUCUCAGACAACAUGGCAUCAAACUCAACGUCACGGCAAGGGGUGUUGUGUGUGGGGAGCUGAAGUCUCUACUGGAUGUGGUGUGGGCCCUGAUUCUACACUAUACAGUACACAAUAAAGACUGUAACCCGUUCCAGCGGACAGUUCGAGUAGGGAAGAGACUGUUACUGGAGUGGUGCAGCUCCCAACUCCCAGACCUGCCUAUCAACAUUAAUGGCUCCAUGGCAUACAACUACAGCAAACAUUCGGUGCUGACCCAGCUGAUAGGAAAGUACUGCUGCAUGCCACACCUGGGGUCACCUGCACAGAGCACAGAUGUUAUGACCCUGACUAACGCAGUCCUGGCCGCGGAGGAGAAAUUCGGGGUGUCAAAGCUGAUCGUCAGUCCCAGCGAGAUUCUGAAUGGGACAGCUGACGACCACGCGCUCAUGAUCUACACAGCCCUGCUCAGGAGGAAGAUCUCCCUACUCCAGGAGGACCCAUCAGUUCUGGCUCAGGCAGGGAGGAUCCUGCUCGCAGACGCACCAAAACUCCUGCGAACCACACAGUCUCACAGACAGGGUCACUGA